UUACAUUUUUUAAAUUUUUAAGUCUUACUUUUGAUAACAUUUUGUGGUUUAGUGGGGCUUGUAAUGUUUUCAAAUGUACCGCGAGGUUCGUAUGUGGAUGAGCACAUAUCCAGGGACUACGGCAAGGAGGUGCUGCUCGCCAAUUGGCAGGAGAGGCGCCUGGGCAGCGAGGAGACAAACGAUUGUAUAGUGCCAGGACUACAGAGGGUGAAUAGAUGUGAGCGACAUUUGAGUGAAGUGCAGGACAACUAUUAUGAGCCAUGGACGGUGGAGGAGACGGGAGAUGGGACGCGUCAAUAUCUAGAUGGACGCAACGAGGCGCUGCACAAUCUGAUGACUAACCGACAGGUGCAAGUGCGUUUCCCAUUGGCGCCAGAUAUGAUGGAGAAUUGUACGACCACUUAUAAGAUCAUGUAUGAUAUAUUGCCAAAGGAACGGAAAAAGCAAGCAGCCGAAAAUCCCGUUUGUAGUGUGCCUGGGAAACCGCAGGAUUUGGAUUUGAUGCUCAGUUACGGCAAUCGCACCACAACGGGCAAACGCUUCCAGCAGGGAGACGAGUUGCGGUUAGAGAAAAUACAGAGACUACAGACAACGUAUGCGGCGGAUUAUGAUGUGAUCGGACAGCGACCGUAGUUUAAAAUCAGUACAGUACAUGUUUAAUAAAUAUUGCAUAAAAAUACAUAUAUAAAUAACUAAAA